AGUGAGAGUAAGAGAGAGAGGAAGAGGGAGAAAUACACAGAGAAUAUUACAUAUAAUACAUCAAAUUAAUGAAUAAUAAAAAUAAAGAUCAGUCUGUAAAUGAUCGAAUUCCUGCGACAUUUGUAAGGGACGUCGGGACAUCGAUUAUUUUUAACUUAAAGAUCACCGAAAGGAUACUACUACAUUGUUCGAACGUCGAGACUCGAGGAUGAAGAGCAUAAAUUAACGAGAUCUCCUCGCUAUGCCAACUGGAAUUUCAUCAACGUUGCCGUCAACCGCAAAUGUAGAAUCAUUUGAUUGCGAAGGAAAAAAUUCAGGAGGUUUUACGAUUGUUCAGAGGGACAGUUUAGAAUCGAAGUUACCUCUUGUACACGUAAACGACGAUGAAGAGACGCAUUCAGCUUCGAAACUGACUACCACCAGAGUGGAAAACGUAAAGAACGAUCUUUAUGCUCGCAGACGUAUUUGCAAGUCAAACGAACAUUUGUUUCUGGCGAGUCUUCAAGGUAAUCAGAUCAAUCCAUUAGGGAGAAAACAACAUGCGAAGAGUCAGAACAGUCUCGAGGAUGAAGACAAACGUCGAAGGAAAGAUAACGUAAUAGAAAAUGUCGAGAGAACUAGUAUUCAUCUUUCAACCGAAGAUUUCAACGAGGUACUCAACGCGAAGUUGAGAAAAAUUCAAGAAGACGAGGAAUCUUUGCAAAAGUGUCGCGACUCCAAGAGGAACGAGUCGAUUUUUCAAGGACGAAGAAAACCGUUCAUAACGACAGUCAAGUGCGGAGAGUUUUUAAUGCCACCGCCGGAAGUAGGAGCACUUCUUGGCAUUGGCCCGAUCACGAACACUCCUGCGGUCAUUGCUGGAGGAACGAUAGGAGGAGGUAUUUCUCAGAACGAGGAAACUGACAAUUGGCAAGGUCCUUCCCGUUCUAGACUGAAACCUCUAGUGUCGUUCGGCAAGAAACCAGAAGUACGUCAUAGCAAACACAAGGCGAGAUGUCAAGCGGCUGCGGCUGCGGCGGCAGCCAUCAAGGCCACCGUUAAUUUUGCACUUGACAAGACCAACGCAACUACCCUAGCUUUCUAUUCUUGUUCCGAGCAACGUGCUAGGAGAAACAACAACAGGAAGUUUUCCAUCAGAGUGAACGACGGCCUAUUACUGAUGACGCCGCAAGGUUUACCGAAAAAGUUGGAACCGAUCAAGGGCACGAUGCUGAAUAAGCUGCCUGGCCUUCGCGGCUGUGAUCAAACGGUCCCUUUUGGAAAUAUCAUGUACGAUCGCCGAGUAAUACGUGGAAGUACUUUCGCAGCCCCUCCACCUGCCCUCAUCGAUGGUGAGCAAUCGAUAGCGGCAAGGCAAGCGGAAGCGAGAAGAAGGCAUUUAGCAAGAAAAAGGGCGCAAGCACAAAUUUGUAGAGUCAUAAGAUCGGGAUCGCCACCGGCAAUCCCUGGCCGCAAGCACGAACCCGUCCAAACUGAGUUUUAUCUCGAAGAAUUGUUCGAGAAACCUGAUGAACUCGAGGUUGGCACACAAACCGAUUACUUCCUGGACAGGCCACCUACGCCGAAGUACUGUCUUGUAAAAACCGGUGAGGAUGUCUCGACACAAAUUGAACCAGGAGACCUAUUCGACUUCGAUCUUGAAAUACAGCCAAUUGUCGAAGUAAUCGUUGGUAAGACUAUUGAGCAAGCUUUGAUCGAGGUCUUAGAGGAAGAAGAAGUGGCAGCUUUACGAGAACAACAAAGAAGAUUCCGAGAAUUACGAGCUGCUGAGAGAGCCGAAGCAAACAGAUUGAAAGAACAAGAGAGAAGACUUCGAGAAGAAAAGGAUUUUUGCUUGAAACAGCACGAAGAAGCAGUGAAAAUUCAACAAGAAACAGAAGAUCGUGUCGCUGCUGCUGUUUUAUUGACAGGAUAUAUCGCUGAACUUUUGCCGGCUGUUUUAGAAGGUUUAAAAAUGUCUGGAUUCCUUUUAGAUGAGAUCAAAGCAGAUGUCGAGGAAGGUUUUAUGCCAUGGUUGAUGAAGGAAGUUAAAAAGGAGAUGGGUAACAUGAUCGAAAGCAGAGAGUUGCUAAUGGUAAUCAUCAAAGAAAUAUUGGAAAACAGAGUAGAGACAUAUAGAAGAUUAGGUGAGGAGGAAUAUGGCCCUUCUGGAAGACGAAUAUCUGCCGAUAAUCAUUUGGAAGACGGUGGUCAAGAUAAACAUUUUCUUAACUACGACGAACUAUCUUUUUUAAAGAAAUAAUAAUAUGAACAAAAUUAAGCCUGUGUGUGUCUACAUGCUCUGCUUUCAUAUUUUUCU